AUGGAAGAAGGGAACCAUACAGUGGUGACUGAGUUCUGUCUUCAGGGAUUAUCACACACCUGGGGCCUAGAGCUGCUUCUCUGUGCUCUCCUCCUGCUCUUCUAUGCCAUCAUCCUGCCUGGGAACAUCCUCAUCAUUGGGACAAUUCUCAAGGACCCCCGGCUGGCAUCGCCCAUGUUUUUCUUCUUGGCCAACCUGGCCUUCAUGGACAUCUGCUACAGCUGCAUCACCCCUCCGAAGAUGAUUGCCAACUUCUUCACUGGCCGCAGAACCAUCUCCUACCGAGGCUGCAUGGCUCAGCUCUUUUUCAUUCAUUUUCUGGGUGGUGCUGAGAUCAGCCUGCUAAUGUCCAUGGCUCUUGAUCGGUAUGUAGCUAUCUGCCAUCCGUUGCGCUAUGUCACUGUGGUGACCAGGUUUGUCUCCUGCGUCUUAGUGGUGGCUUCAUGGGCUGCAGGAUUCAUGCACUCCAUAGUCCAGCUCAUUCUCAUCAUCCCCCUUCCUUUCUGUGGCCUCAGUAAACUGGACAACUUCUUCUGUGAUAUCACCCAGAUCAUCAGGCUGGCUUGCACCAACACUUACACACUAGAGCUGGUCAUGUUUGUCAACAGUGGCCUGGUCAGCACGGCAUGCUUCAUCCUCCUCCUCAUCUCCUAUGGGGCCCUACUGGUCAAGGUGAGGAUGGGUUCCAGCCAAGGGAAGAGCAAAGCUUCCUCCACAUGCGUCACCCAUAUCAUCAUCACUUUCAUCAUGUUUGGCCCAGCCAUCUACAUCUACUGCCAUCCCUUCCAGGACUUCCCAUUCGACAAAGUGGUGGCUUUUUUCCACACGGUGGUCUUUCCCUUGAUGAACCCCAUGAUCUACACUCUGAGGAACAAAGAGAUCAAAGUUGCCAUGUGGAGGCAGCUGAAGAAAUAUAAGAUGUGGGGGAACAAAUAA